GCGGAAAGUUUGAGAUGUCCAUGAAAACAAUCUUCUGGUGUCCUAUUUUAUAUUAUUGGUUUGCUGCUGUAAAUUUCCACUUUCACCGCAAUUAUAAGAAUACACAAUGGCAGGGGCCAGACAAAACCUGUUUAAAUGGAACCGACAAACAAAUCCCAAGACGGUGAGCUCAUAGCAGAGAAUUGACACUUCGUACAUUUCUGAUUUCAACGAAUGCUAACUUUUAGACUCCAUAUUUCCAACAGUACUCCGGACGAAGUGAGGUUCAGGAUUGGAUCAAGGUAAAAGUUUAAAUCGCUGAAUUUUCAUUGCUUUUCGUUAGCAAACUUCAGUAACUGCUGAGGAUAAUAGUAGUAAGUUUAUGUGUAUUGUCACAGCACAACAUUGACAAUUUUAUAAAUCCAUACGUGAGUUAUUGAAGAAUUGCAGAGGAUCUUGUGUCCUUUAUAUUUAUACAAAAAUCCCUUACUGAUACUCUAGAGAGUAGAGAGAGAAUCAACUCAAGCUGCCAGAGAAGUUUUUGGAAACAAUUAUCAAAGUGUUCUAGAACAAGUCCAUGUUGACGAUGAUGCAUUGGUGGAAGGUAAGAGAAACAGUAUUUUUAAUAUUUAUUUUCUUAAAUAUCUCAGUUGGCCAGAAUCUUAUAAAUAUCCUUGAGUAUCCCUUAGAGCUCACUCAUCUUAAAAUGUGUAGCAGUGUGCACCACCUUAGUGCUUUCUUAUUGUUGUUGUUUUCAUUGCUCUGUGUUUCCAAACGUUUGAAGUAAGAAUUUAUUGAGAAAUAAAAUUGUUGUUGUGGAAAAAAAUAAUUUCAUAACAUUGCAUCAUGGAACUGUUACUCAAAGUGGGUUUAUUUAUUUCCCCCAUUGCUUUCAGCACAAGAUUUAUUGGAUUCCUGGCUUCAUGAAAAGAAACAUCAAGAUGAUCAAUUUAAUUUAGAAGUGCAAUUUAAGCAUGAAAAGUGGGCACAGCAAGGCAAACCCUUGGAACAAGUCACAAGAAACUCUGUUACUGAUGAUGAUUACAGUGAUUAUAGGGAUAUGCCUGACCUGUUCUUACAGUCACAUGACCGGUCAACACUGAACAGUUAUCAUAGCAACCAGGUUCCUAAUGCUAUGGGUAAGAUAUAUUCUUCACGAGAAAAUUUGUAUACUUAGGUAAUAACAUGAUUUGGAGGGAGGUUUAGUGUUAAUAAGCCUGUAAUGCAAGUGCAGUUUGUAGUCUAUGAAAAAUUUACAUGUGCUUAUGACACCAAGUUGUGAGACCAUGUUGUUACUUGUUAAUAACUUACAUGAAAAAAAAGCAUCACAGAAAGUCAAGACAGACAAGAUUUUGAAAGCGUGUGCGCCCUAUUUGUAAUUUACCCAUGUAUUAUAACCAUGCACCCUUGUUACGACUUUGCUCUCUUGCACACUUGUUAGAUGAGAAUGCACUUGUUUUCAGCCCAUCUAGAAGUGCCCAAUUUUUUCAUGCACAUUAUUAAUGGUAUUAAAGUGAAUACACAUGUAUUAAUAAAGAUUACUGUCACUGGAAAAUAAUGAAUUUUUUCAGGUUGUAGACUUCAGUUGUCAUGUUUAUAUUGCUUUUAGGUGCAGAAUAUGAUGAAGACCUUAAUGAUGAAAUAUCAGUUCAGCAUAUACUGAGGGACAUGUUAGACAAGAACAUUGUUGAAAAAGAGAUCUUGAAUGACUUAGGAUUUGAUGGCAGUAAAAAGAAAAAGACCCAAGGCCUAAGAUGGAGCUGCGACAUAAACAGGUACAGUGGGCCUCAUAUGAAUCAGUCACAAAUUUAUAGAAGUUGUUACAUGUAUCUUUAACCCAUGAUAUUCUUUUAGUACCGGUAAUCACCAAUGUACUACUAUCGUUGUUUUAAGCUGGUUGUGUAAUAGAGAAGGAAGUUAAACCUAAUUCUAAUGAUAUUGUUUUAAUAAUAAUCAAUGUACAACCAUUAUUGGUUUAAAUAUCAUGAUAGAAAGUUAAAAUUUUUCUGCAAUGAAGAAGGAAAUUAAAGUUAAUUCUGAUGAUAUUCUUUUAAUAAUCAUAAACCUUUACACUUAAUAUCAUUAUGCAUAUUCUCCAUACUGUUCUCCAUAUAUUUCUUAAGAUGCUAACAAGGAGAAUUUGUUGAACAAUCAAGAGCUUCUUAAGUUGGUGAUCAUUUCCUUUAUUCUUAUGACCUUAAUGUAUGAUUCAGAGUUGAUAUUGUAGGGAGAAAUUAGAGGCUGGUCACUCCUAGGGGAUUAAAGAGUUAAAUAUGAUAGAAAAUUGAGCUGGCUCUACAAUAAAGAAGGAAUUUAGAGUUAAAUCCUAUGCUAGUGAAAAUGUUUCACAAUUUUCUUUAUGGAACACAAAACACAAAAGCAACCAAAAAUGUCUUUAUAAUGUAGGUCAAGUUACUGUACUAAAAUCCGUGACAAAAUAGUUGAUAUAUAAAACCAGGAUGGUAGAACCCUGGGAUGGCAUACCAAUUUUUCUCCCAUCUCUUCAUCCAGACCCCACUAACAUCCCUCUGAACAUUAUAGCUGUUUUUUUUUUGUUUUUUUUGUUUUUUUUUUUCAAUGGCAAUUGUUGUAACUCCUAAGAAUUUAGGUUAUGUUAUGAUACAACAGAAAGAAAAGUCACAGUCGCUCUUGUUUUGAUGUAUUUCAUCCAGGGCAAAAAUUCAAGACACAGGAGAUACAUGUUUAUUUGUUAAUGAAACCUGUCAAUUAAAAAAGAGCAUUAUGAACAACUCCACUCCUGAGAGCUUAAAUGCAAACAUAAUUCUACCAUUGUAUUAGGUGAAAGAGAAAAGUCAAGCAAGACAGAAGGAUAUAGAAAAGAAACGAAGAGAAAAUGCAGCUCGUAAGCAAGCAGAAGCAGAAGCUCGUCAACAUUUGCUCAGGGAAGAAAGAGAGCAACAAGCAAAACUCAAAAGAGAAGAGGAUCAAAUACAAAAAGAAAUGACCAAGAUCCGCAGAGCUAUGGAAGAGGAGAAGAAGGCUACCAAGGAAAAACUAGACAAGUGAGCUGGUUUGAAGUGCUUUGAUUAAAAUUAUCUGUAACAAUAUCUGUACAACCACAAGCAGACGUUGUUUAAGUGGUGUUAUCUGAUCGCUAUAUUUAUCUGAUACGCUGUCAUCAAGCCAUGGUGAAGGCUUGUUUGUGGCAAUGACCAUUGCCACAAAUUGCAUGUGAUCCUGUUGUGAAUGAUUUUUUAACAGUUUAUGUCAGCAAUUUUUCAUAUUAGCAAUAUCUCAAGGGUCUAUAGAAAACUUUGUUUGAGUAGCCAGUCUUAUGAAAAAUCCCAGCGGUCUAAGGUUAAAAUUUAUUUCAGAUCAGGACAACAAAGUGUUUUACUGCUAAGUCCACAAGUGUGUACCUUUAACCCUUUCACUCCCAGGAUCUUGUUAAUAAUUCUCCUUACUGUCUGCCUUACAAUUCCUGUGAUGUUAGUUUGGAGAAUUUGGUAUUGGAUCAAAUGAUAAUCCCCAUGUCAUAUUUUUCUUUAUUCUGAUCACUUGUCUGCUUGAUGUUGUUGUUAUUGCUUCAUAGCGAGCGGCGCAAAGAGAAGGAAGCGGAGUUGCUGGCUCGGCAAUAUCUCGAGGAAGAGCAGAGGAAGAAGGAAGAACAGCUGAGGAGGGACGCAGAAGAUAAAGAGGAGAUGAGGAGAAUGUUGUUGGAACAGAUGGAGAAGAGGGCAGCAAAAGAGGCCAGCAGCAGUCUUAGGGUAUACUCAAAUUAUUUUACCGAAUGAAAUUGUUGAAAGAUUUUUUUCUUAGAGUCUGUAAUUUUACUUAGUGUUAUUCUAGCUGAAGUUUCCAACGUCUGACAAAGGGCUAACGCUAAUACAUCAGUUUUAUAAACUCUUUACGGUGGCCAAUUUACAUAUCAACUCAGUUGAUCAGUAUCUUUUAAUACCCUCACUGACGCAGCAACGCAUUUUUCUGUAGAAACUUUUCUCCUUUAUCAAAUGUCACCCUGUCUUAUGUUUUUAUUGCUAGACUGCGUGUGGUAACGUCUCGCCUGCGAAGCGUUCUUUUCCGUUUCCUUUUUGCUCAAAGGAAUACGGGUGAGAACAGCAGGAGUCUUGCAAAUGUAUAGAGCAAAUAGGAACAAAAUUGUGCUCUUGCGCGGCUCUCGCGCGGCGCUCUCUCCUUGCACGUUUUUCCCGCGUGGUUUGAAGGAGACGGAAAGGAGUGUAACCUGGCAAUAUAAUUUUUUAGAUAGCACAGACAGCAAGUAAAAUGUGGUCAAUUUGAUCGGAAAGGAUUGUUGUACAGGCUCGCUAUUGACGUACACAGCACAGAGAGGCAGUGAAAUGUGUUCAAUUCGAUUGGAUAAAGCGAAAAGAUUGAUGACAAGGGAUUUACAUGUUUGUAAAGGAGUAGUUUUCGAGCGUUUUAACGUCCAGUUUGACCAUUAUCUCUCCGUUAUACGUGUUUUCCAUUCGUAUUCGAUCUCUGUUUGUCUAAAGGUGAAACUAGUCUCUUUCCUGCAAACCGGUCAAAUUGGUAAACUGCAAUGUAUUAAGGUCUCAGGUAUUUUUAGUUGUCUCUGCGUUAUUUGGUGAAAUUACAUUAUAGUGGUUGAAUAUGCACUAAAUACCAAAUCAGUCUCAUUAUUUUCUCUUUUACUUGAUAUCAGAUUCUCCAGAGACACUUCUCAGCUUGGUAUUCAGUUGUUGCAUCACAGAGGAUCAAACUUGGUAAAGCAAAAGCUAUGUCUGACUGGCGUUGUAAACUAAGAGCUUGGAAUGCAUGGUUGGCCUACGUCAAUCACAUAAGAUCUGAUAAGGAGGCUCAAACCAUCACCAUGGAGAUGAAAGAAAAGCACAGGUACAGUAUAUGUAAUUUGCGUUUGCUUGCCGAUUCUUUCCAAAUAAUCCUUCUCUAAUCUCAAGGACUGGUCGCAAACAGAGAAGCAAUUCAAGUCUAAUGAAUACUCUUCACCUUAUAAAAUUUCUCAGCCAAAAAUUUCUUGAUGUUUCAGAAAGGAGCAAUUGUCUUUGAAAUUCCAUCGUCGUCAUUUGUUGCUGCGCUGCCUUCGGUCGUGGCAACAGUGGGUGAAAAGAGAACAAGAAAGAAGACAGCUUCAAGAAGAACACGAAAAAAAGACACAAAAGAUGGCGGCGUUACUGCAAGCAGCAGCUACUGGCAGAUUGUGGAGUGAGCGGGGGGAAAAUACUAACACGGGGUUAGAACUUCAAGACAUUGAAGAUGAUAAGGAUGUGCAGAGCUCAAGCACUGCGAGAAAACUGGUAAGGCUUGGAGAUUUAAGCGCCGCUGGAAAAUAAGCUGUGUUUUGCGAAGCAGGGAGGUUGUUUUUAGUAAAAUUUCUUCGCUAAACCACAACCACGAAGCACGAUUCGUUCUAAGCCGAAACUUCACGCCUAAACCGGUAAUGCAGGUUGAUAUGGUAAGAACGUCAGUGACACACUCGACUGGUCCCCUGUGCCACGUUUUCGUUCUUACCACAUUUUGACGUCAUCUGUGAUCUAUUGCUAAACAGACGCACAGCAACUUUGAAUCUAUUUGUUAAAUGAACGACUCGAGGAAUGGUGCAUUAAAAAUGGGGUUAUUAAAAUUAUGAUUGUUGUUUGUACUUCUUAGGACGAAAUUUUCUCACAACCUGCAAGGACGGUAAACCAUAAACAUUCCUUGACAAAUGUAAAAGAUCCAGAGGAGGAUUCCUCAAGAAGGACUAAAGUUAGUGACAAACCACCAAUAAUUAAACCAGCUUGGAGCGAGCAACAGAGAAAGGAGCAAUCCAAGAAAGAAUUCCAGACAGGCAGAGAGGCUAGGAGUAAAUCCAAUCGACAACGCAGUUACAGUGAAGUGGAAAACAUUGAAACACUUUAUUCUACAACCAAAAAUAGAGAAAAAGCGAAAAGUGAAGACAAGAAAACUAACCCAGGUUUUUCAAAGAGUAAAUCUGAUGAAAGACUUGAUUCACAAGAGGCGGAAUCUAGAGAACAUGUUUUAACUGGGCGAUCAGCCAGUAGUGCUUCGUUGGACAAUGGCAGACCCUCUAUACCUAGUAAGUACACUUCACGAGAAGCCGUUGUCAAAUCACAGAAGCCAACCACAAAACCGUUACAUCUGGGUAAGUUAUACAGUAAAUCUCGUGGACGUGAGUCAUAUUUUGCAUCAUAUUAUGGCAACAUGAACUUUUCUGGCAACCGAUGACUGAUUAUUCUGCCCUAGUUUCGCUUCUAGCCGGGAGCGAAGAAACCAGCGUGAAAAGCUUUCUCCACUCGUUUGGUAUGUUCUUGUCGACAAAAUUCACCUCAACCACGGCUCAUUUGCAAUAACAAUUUCAAACACUUCCUCCCCAGUAAAAAGAAUUCUCGUUUAUUUCUUUAUUUUCUCAUCUUUUCAAUCCUAAAUUCUUUCCUUAUUAUUAUUGCUAUGUAAAAGUCAUAUUUUGAUGGUAGUGCAUCAAAAAAAUAUUAUCAUGUUGAUUGUGAUUAUCUCGACAAGUUUGGAUAAUGAUUUUGCAACAAGAUUCUAUCUAGGCAACGACCAAUACUAACUUAACUUGGCUUCCUUUCAAGCCAUGGAGGAACGUGCUCAGAAACGCCAGGAGCGAAAGAAAGCUUUGGACGAAAAAAAGAGAAAGGCGGAAGAGGAGAGACUGGUACGUGAACACUUUGAAAAACUCUGAAUUGUGCGCAUUUCUGCUUUUAACCGUAAAAUUCAAGAGUGAAGAGCAUCUAAUUUCUACAACGUCACUACUGAAAUCCUGAAACAUUCAAGUCGCGAAAAUGAAGGGGAUGAUCACGAACUAUAACAACUCUUCAUCGUUUCACAGAUUAUUCUUGUCAAUACCAUAAUAAAUUAUCGAGAAGAGUUAGAGAGUAUUGUAUACCGAGAUUGAAGUGCUAAGGGUAAGAUCGACGCACAUGGCAAGUCACUGCAAAGGGUCUUUAUCACAAGUCUCUCCGCGUGUUUUGUUGACAACAUGUCGCUUUGCUUGAUUUUAUUACCAUCAUGAACACUAGGUAACGAUAAAAAAUCUCAAAAAUUUAAGGUAGUUCCUGUAAGAAAAACUUAUGGUUCCAUUGGUCAUGCGUAUGACAAGAAUCGUUUGAGCCCACAAACACCAGGUUUUAUUGUUUCUUCCUCCAGCGUGACUUAUUUUACCAUGCGUGAAAGAUUGUGUCACACAUAACAUUGUCAAACCUUUUUCAGCUUUUUCAUGCUUACACAUAGUAUUAUUAUAAUGGCAGGAAUUUCUCAAAAAGGAACAAGAGCGUAAAGAAGCAGAAUUGUUAGCGGAGAAACAAGAAGCGUUACAAAAAAGAAGAGAAGAGAAACGCAUCGCUAGAGAGGUGAGAAACUCGUUAUCUAUUCAAUAUCUAUUUUCUCCCAACACGAAUCAGCCGAUGAUCAUCAUCCUUGAUGCACUGCGGGAGUUUCGGACUUUGUAAAGGAUAACCUAAACGCUUUUGUACGUGAAUUUGUUAUUUGAACAUCGAGGUGCGAUAUACAGAGUUCUAUUGUCUCUUUUUCACAGCGAGAGCUCGAGAAACAACGGCAGUCAGAACAAAACCGACAGCAGAUUUCCCUAGCAACCCAGCACUACGCUUGUGUCCUCCUGAAAAAGUACGGCUUGUCACCGUGGAGACAUCUAGUGGAGACGACGCGGGAAAAUAUGUCACGUGCAGUAUUGCAUCAUAAUAGACUGUUGCUUACAAGAUGUUUCCAUCCGUGGCUGGAUUUCACAAGAAGAGCGAAUGAAAAUAGACUUGAGGCAUCAGAAGCGUUGCACCAAAAUAUUUUGUUGCGACGAAUGUGGAGACAGUGGAGAAAGGUCAGAAAACAACAACCCCAAUCACAACCAGAUUACUCUAGAUAGCGUGCGGGAAGACGCUCAUUAUUAGCGCUUCGGGACGAGUGUUUCUCCGCACGAGGGAAAGUAUGAAGCCUUGAGCAAGGUCAGCGGGCGAGAAAUCUGCAAGGGGUUAACCCUUUUACUCCCAGAAGUGAUUAACGCGUAACUUCUUUGCCUUUGAUAUCCAUACAUUAUCCAGCAUACAGGUAAUGAGAAUACUCAAACUCGUUGGGUAGGAGUUCUUUACUUGUUAAAACACCAAAUUCUCAUAACUAAUUUCCAAGGAAAUCUGUAGCAGUUAAAGGGGAGAAUUAUCAAUUAGAUCUUGGGAGUUCAAAGGAGAAGCACUGAUAAUUAAUGCAAGACACUCGGCAAACCUCUCCCGGACACUUAUGAAAACUUCCCGUGGGCGGAGAAACUCGCGUCCUGCAGCGUUAUUAAUGAAGGCCUGCUCGCCAGACUUCACUCGAUUUUUUCCCCGUUCCAGGAAGUUUGCUUGAUUUUACUUUAAAUUCUAGUUGGUAAUUUUUUUUCUGAUUGGCUGAUGAGGUAACCUUGGUUGUGGUUGAACAAGCAAGCGAGAUAUGUAUAACCGGCGCAAUGUGACAACUAUUUUUUUGGAGUCGAGUAUCGUGCUCUUUUUUUUCUUAGUUAAAACUCUGGGUUCGACUGUUUAGUUUGAAUUACAUCCUACUGUCGUUGGACACUUUGGUCAGGAAUCCAAUAAAAUUACUGUUGUGUAUGUUGCAGUUUGGCCAGCAUGCUGUCAGACUGCAGUUGGUCGCCGAAGAUUAUUGUUCCUCGUACCUUGUGAAAAAAUACUUCAGACUCUGGCAGGACUACGUUACCGAGCAACAGAUCCUGUUAUGGGAGAAAGAGAGGGCAGCCGAGGAACACAAUGAAUGGUAAAAGCAAAUAGAAUGUCUUUCAUUGGUUUCGGAAAGAAUUUUUGAUUAGUUUUGUGUCCUUUUUCAGUUUGGUAUUUGUUGAUCACUGUUGUAGUGGUCACGUGUUGUAUUUUUUAACGUGCGUGGAAACAGAUCGAUGCCUUCCCGCCUUUUUUCUUGGCGCGUGUGGCAGCGUAGGAUUGUUUUCCCGCGCUUUCCUCAAGCGCCAGUGGCAAUGUCUUUGUUUUGAGUAGAUGUUUCGGUUACAUUCAUAGGCGAUUGAAGAAACUCGCGAUGAUCAACUGGAAAAAGUACAUACCAAUGUUGCGAUCAGAACGAGAAAAGGAAGUCAGGAGGGCGGACUUGAGGAAAAGAGUUCACUCAUGGCUGCCUGAUUUUCAGUCGUUAACGGAAACAUCACCCUGAUCAUCCUAAGAGCGCCGCGUGACCUCUCCCCAGACUUCCACAUCUUUGUUCACGCAAAACUAGGACCAAGAAUUUUUCCUGAUCGUCUGGCUGCAGGGCGAGAACUUGGAUUCAAAAUCUCGCUCGAAUUCUUUCUUAGAAGUAUUUUUAUUUACAAACAAUACAUCUCGAUUACGUUUGUCCAUGAGAACAAUAGAAUACCCGACAAAUGCGUACAACAAAUCCUUUUACGCAUUCAUAAUAAAUCAAAUUACAUUUACCUAUGGUGAAAGGAAAAAGAAACAGCCUAACUUUUGCGGAAUGUUCAGUAAAAAUCUGCCGAUUUCUACCGCUUUCAUCGCAAUAUUGAAAAUGAAGCUACCACAAUGCAACGCAAUCGGAGUGCAUACACCGCUUGGUUAAAAAAAGUUGAAAGUUUUCUUUGGCCUCAAAUAUCAUCCAACUUCGGUAGUUUCUUCGGAGGCUUUAUCUCGAUUUAAAAUGCAAAAGGAAUGCAUUCAUUUCGGCCAAAGACGUAAACGGUUAACUCAAAAUACAUGUAAUGCCUCGGCAGAACCUCGUUUGCGAGCUGAAUGCGAGUAGAGGUUUGGGGAAGAAAUUAAACGAACACGAAAGAUCGCCGUCCAGAACCUCGUUCAGUUAGGAAUGAUGUGAUAAAUGACUUGACGGAAAAGAAUUCUGAUGUGUGCGAUAGAAAUUGAAAGAAAUACAUAGGCGGCAAAGAAGGUUUAACGUUUUUAACCCCACCUAGACCUACCAAACUUGACUAAAAUCGACGAAUUAACUGGUAUUUUAACCGACACUGGACAUGAUGAUUUCUUUCAAGCUACCUUCUCUGAAGGUUAAAUUCCGACAUUCUCUGAGUUAGCGGAAGGGCUAUGUACUAACGCUCCAGCCUCGAGCGGAAUUCCAACCGUAAUGUGAAAAAUAUGAAUUUGGAAAGUCCAUUACAAAAGCUUAAAUGAAAUUAAUUUUGUUCCUUCCACUGAAGGAAAGAUAAGGAGAGACGGUUAUGCGGAUAUAGCGGC